CUGGUGUGCCUGCCAGUUUGACCACUGCUGCUCCUGCCACUCUGCUGAAAGAGAGGAGGGAGAGAGAGAGAGAAUGCUAGAGAAGAAGAGGGAGAAAGAAAAAGAGCAAGGAGGACAGAGAGACAGAGAGAGAAAGUGAGUCCAGGCCCAAAUAAAGCCAUGGGGGGGGAGAAGGAAAAAGAGCAAGGAGGACAGGGAGACAGAGAGAGAAGGUGAAAGGGAGUCCAGGCCCAAAUAAAGCCAGAGGGGCUGGGGCUGGGAUGGGCCCUCCUCUGCUAUAAAUACGCUGGCCGCCUGGAGAUUCGGGUUUGGUGGUUGGGUCUCGGGACCAGCGACUAUCACCGCUGCUGUUGCUGCCUUCCUCAGGGGUAUUUCCUCCACAUAUUCGCCAUCCCCAUCCUGGUCAUCAGUUUUCUGGCCAUCCAAGAUGUCUCGAGUGGAUUCAGACCUCAAGCUGGACUUUAAGGAUGUCCUCUUCAGACCCAAGAGGAGUAGCCUGAAGAGUCGCUCAGAGGUGGACCUUCAGAGGACCUUCACAUUCCGCAACUCCAAACAGACCUACACUGGUAUCCCUAUUAUCGCUGCCAACAUGGACACCACAGGAACGUUUGAGAUGGCACAGGUCCUCAGCAAACACACCCUCUUCACAGCCAUUCAUAAACACUAUUCUGUAGAAGACUGGACAAACUUUGCUGCUAAUCAUCCGGGAUGCUUAGAGCAUGUAGCUGCUAGCUCAGGUAGUGGCAAUGCAGACCUGGAGAAGCUGUGUGCCAUCUUGGAAGCCGUCCCUGCCCUCAAGUACAUAUGUCUCGAUGUGGCCAACGGCUACUCUGAGCACUUUGUGGAGUUUGUCAAGACAGUCAGACAAAGGUUCCCCAAACACACAAUCAUGGCUGGUAACGUGGUAACAGGGGAGAUGGUGGAAGAGCUCAUUCUCUCGGGAGCUGACAUCAUCAAAGUGGGCAUUGGGCCAGGUUCCGUAUGCACGACAAGGAUCAAGACAGGAGUGGGCUACCCACAACUCAGUGCUGUAAUAGAGUGUGCAGACUCAGCCCAUGGACUUAAAGGACACAUUAUCUCUGAUGGUGGCUGCAGUUGCCCAGGAGAUGUAGCUAAGGCCUUUGGCGCCGGAGCUGACUUCGUGAUGAUGGGAGGAAUGCUUGCAGGCCACGACCAAUGCUCCGGGGAGCUCAUUGAGAAGAACGGCAAGAAAUACAAACUCUUCUACGGCAUGAGCUCCGACACAGCCAUGAAGAAAUAUGUUGGUGGAGUUGCUGAGUAUAGGGCAUCUGAGGGGAGGACAGUAGAGGUUCCCUACAGAGGAGAUGUGGAAAACACCAUCCGUGACAUCCUGGGGGGGCUCCGCUCCACCUGCACCUAUGUUGGCGCUGCCAAGCUCAAAGAGCUGAGCAGGAGAACAACCUUUAUCCGUGUCACACAACAGUCUAGCCAAAUGUUCACUUAGUACAUGCUUCCACAAACAAAUGCAGCAUAAUAUGCCUUGUACAUGUGUUAUGCCAGUCUAAAAGUGCAAUAGCAGGACAUUGGUGUAACAUAUUCAGGAGGAAGACAAACAAAUAAUCACCUAACCUGUUUCUCUCAGGAAGUUUCCUGCAGGUUCAAAUAAACUCCAGGUUUGAGUUGAAACAUUCUCCCAGAGAUGUCACAGCACUGCAGUCAACCUAAUAACACAGUGGGUGUGUUUACAUGCUUACAGACAUAUGCUACAGCCUGGAUAAAUUCUCCCCAGUUUUGGGAAAUUGGAAUAAGAGAGCCAGAUGACUGAGGCACUUCAGAUCUAAUCUUUCUAGAUAGUCUUUUAAUUUGUAUAUUUGUACAUUAAGAGCAUAUCAAGAAUGUGAGCUAUGUGGAGCACUAUGCAUGUCAGGAGAACCAUCAGGAGGAGACUCAUUCGAUGAUAAUUUGGUAACUUGUCUACUACAGUUACCAUGGAUGUGCAAAUUAAUAUGCAAAAUCCAGAGGCAUCGGCCUUUUAACUGUCACUUGAGAAAUCUGGUUGCAAUAAACUGCAUGCAGAACCGUCUGCUAAUUUCCUAGUGGGGUUAUAUACAUAUUGACAUACAGCAUAGCAGUGUCUUUUCUUACAUGGUGUGGCCCUGUUUGUGUGCAUGUGUUUAAUGCUUGUGAGGCUGGUUCUGUUGACCCACAUGAACACGAAGAUGAGAUUUAUGUAAUCCACAUGGCAAUACACACUUAAUGCACAUGGUAUAUCUGCUGUGUGAGUGCCUGUCUGAAAUAGUCACAUCUGAUUUUCCUUCAUUGAUUCCACCGUGCCUGAUAUUUUAAAUCAAGGGCAUCUCAAGAUCUGUGUCGUCUGCUGCAGUGAAGGGCUGCUCUGUUAGGUAAAGAAGGGAUUGGGUCAAUUAAAUCAACAAUACAAAGGAGACCUUGUUUAGCUGCAUUUAGGUAUGAAAUAUCCACCCUUAAGAAAUCCCCGGGUUGCAUGAGUGGUAAAGGAGCCCGAAGUCUUUUAUCUGCAAUAAGUCAACCCCCUAGUUAUAUAUGUUUUAUUUAUUUAUUUAUUGGUAACUUGUCUGAUACAGUUACCAUGGAUGUGCAAAUCAAUAUGCAAAAUCCAGAGGCAUGGAGUCGCCAACAUAUAACAUUGAAAAAAACCUCUGCGAGUAAAAUGUCAGUAAGAGUAAUUUAUCUAAACAUACGCUAAAUGAGAAUAAACCUUCACAGAAGUGAUUUCGUUCAUCUUUGCCUGCAGUCUGUCAUCCACUGUCAGUUUGGUUAAGCCAAUAGUUAAUUGUUAUGAACAAGAUAAACAAACAAAUAAAACAAAUAAAUGAAUGGCUGUCAUGGUGAGCACAGUGGAGUCUCUUGGUUAGGACAGGUAAUCCUGCCAUCCUGAAGUAGAAACGCCUUUUUUGUAAAAUAAAUAACUUCCUCUGAACUGUCAAUCACAAUGAGGUAGAUGAAAUACUUAAUUAGUUUCAAAGUCAGUGAGUAAUUGUGUUAUACAAUUGUGAUCUCAAUAUCAAAAACAAGUGAUUAUGAGUUUUGGCCAUCAUCAUGCUGCCCUAGCAUGCAGUCUGUUGUACACUAGAGAGAGAUGCUAUGUGCUCAACUUCAGCUAAAUCAAUGGAGGAAAAACAGCAUUGCAAGAACAAGUUUUAAUGAGAAACAAAGUUUCAAGAGUUUGUAUUGUGCAUGGAUAUCCAUAUCAAAAUUUGGUCCAUAUGGGUAUAUAUGGUGUGUUGGUUGGUGUUCAAAUAAAGACAAGUUGCCCAUUUAUUCCAGAUAUGUCAAGGUUUCAUUUUCUUUUUCAAAGAGGUGCAUUUGUACAGAUGCCAAAUACAUACACCAACAGGGUUUCUCCACUGUUAUAGACGAAAGGGGUGGUGAGACACAAGGACUUGGUGAGUACAAUAUAGUACAAAUAAGUUGGCUGGGAACUGCUGUGGAGCCCUGCAGGCCAGACUGUCCAUGCAGGUCUGUGCUGAUGUCCAGUUCUCUGCCACUGUCUUAUGGGCCAAACGUUUCAGUUUAGUGCUUGGUGUCACAGGUUAGCAGGGGGAACAUUGGAGACAGACCGGUUGCUAGCCUCGGGGCUGAGUGUUCAGAACAGGAGUGAGAAUCAACUGAGCCACAGCUGACAGAUAAGGUCCACCCCCUCCGUGGCAGUGGGCAGUGGGUAGGGUCAGAGGUCAAGAACUGUACAUCCUGGCCCCUGCUGAAGUGUUUGUUGCCUUGCACAGAGAGGCAGACCAAAGAUGUUCAGGUCAGUGCAGAGUAAUCCAAUCCAUCUCCAGCAUAAUACACAUCAUAAUAAUUAUUUUUAUUUGUCAAUAACGACAUUUGUUAAUCAUAUCAAAUUAUAUGUAAUAAAUUUACAUAUCUUAUAACCCAUAUCAAACAGCCCAAGGUAAAUUGAUUGUGGUAAAACUAAACCGUUAAGUGGGCCUCUACAAGUUUUUUUUUCCUUUCUGCCUGAGUUGGUUAUCCAGCGCUAUGGACACUGACAAGACGUCAUACAAAAAAAAAAAAAACUAAAAAGGAAUCCUGAUCAAAUCCUGUUCACUUUUAAAACACAACAAAGUGCCAAAAACACAUCCUUUUUGCAAAAUGAAAGUACAAACAUCAAGAAACAGAGCACACAUGCCUUUUUUGAUCAAAAAGUCAAAGCUCACACACCAACAUUCAUUUUAUUUGUCAAGUUGUGCAAGAAGCCAAAAAAAAAAAAAGGAAA